UACCGGUCCAGCGAUCGAUUUGGAGGGCUAUUCUUUUCUCAAUCUUUCUUGCUGAGGAAGAGACCCGAGCGAGCGACGAGAAGCGGUUUGCGAAGAAAGUCAACGCGAGAAAUCGCAAUGUCGACGAAGCUGCAGGUGCUGUUGGUCGCGCUGCUUCUGGCGGUCCUGAUAGUGGACGUUUCCGCCCAGCGCAGACGGAAAUCUCGGCGUCGCACGACCACGACAGAGGCACCCGUGCAAGAUGAGAUCAUGAACAUGCUGGAGGCUGACGAAAUAGCCGAGGAGGCGGCGACGGCGGAGGAGGCUGAGGUCACUCUUGAAAAUGGCAGAAACGAGGCUGGAUCGAAGCGGCAGCGUUUGCAGCUCCAGGACCCGUGCAUAGACAAACAUUGCGGCGCUGGUCGUAUCUGCAAGAGCACGGAGGAGGGCACGGCCGAGUGCGUUUGCGUGGAGCUCUGCAACCAGGAGGUCGAUCCGCGUCGCAAGGUCUGCACCAACUACAAUGAGACCUUCGGCAGCGACUGCGAGGUCUACCAGGCGCGUUGCUUCUGCGACACCGGUGACGCCAGGUGCAGGGGGCCCGACUAUCAACAUGUCCACAUCGAGUACUACGGCGAGUGUCGACAGAUGCCUAUGUGCAAGGAGGAGGACAUGGCCGAUUUUCCCAGGCGAAUGCGCGACUGGCUGUUCAACAUCAUGCGCGAUUUGGCGGACCGUCAGGAGCUGCCGUCGCAUUAUCUGAAGAUGCAACGCGAAGCUGAGACCAAUCACACGUUGCGUUGGACGAACGCAGUCAUCUGGAAGUGGUGCGACCUCGACGGCCACCCGCACGAUCGAGCGGUGUCCAGGCACGAGCUCUUCCCGAUCAAGGCGCCCUUGAUGGCCCUCGAACACUGCAUCGCGCCCUUCCUCGACUCCUGCGACGCCAAUGACGAUCACAAAAUCACGCUGAUCGAGUGGGGCAAGUGUUUGGAACUCGACGAGGAUGAUAUAGAGGACAAGUGCGACGAGCUGGCGGAGGCGAAUCAGGAGCAACAGUAGAGGAUCUGGAGCCGGGUGUUCCUCCU